GUCAGUUGGAGAGUGUCAUAUAGUACAAUUUCGUACUCUCUAACCUAAGUUAACGUCGGUGAUUAUUAUUGUUUUUAUUUUUUUCUUUAAUACCAUAUGAUGGAAGUAAAACAAGAACAAUGGGAUAUGGAUAUUAAAGAAGAGAAAUUAGAAGCUGCAAAAUACUUUUUUGAGAAAGAAAAGGAAAUUUUCAUCAAGGAUAAAAACAAUGAAUCAAAUUGUGUUGUUAAAGCCGAAUUAAUUUCAGUAAAACAAGAAACCGAUGCCGACUAUUUACAUCAAACAUUUAUAAAUGUGAAAAGUGAGAAUAACAAGAUUAUUCAAGGUGUGAAUAAAAACUAUGUUCGAUUGAAAAACGCCAAACAAUCCAGAUCGGGAUCAACUUUGCUCAUGAAAAACACAAAGCACUGGAUCUUACUUGGAGGUAUUUUCGUAUGUAAAUUAUGUGGAAAUUUGUUCAUUAAGAAAUUUGAAGUUCUUCACCACGCUGCACUACAUUUUGUUAAAAAAAUAAGUGUGAAUGCAAACAUCGAUAAGAAAUUGAAAAAUCCGUUUCAUUUAAAAAAUGUAAAUCGCAGAGAAGAAACCACAAAACCAGUGAAAACCGAUAAAUCAAAUGAUUCUUUUAAACAAAUAAAUAUCAAACUAGGAGAUGGGGAUUCGGAAAACGAGAAUUCAAAAUAUGAAUUUUCUUCUAAAGUUUUCUUAUCAAAAAGUAAAUUGGUCAAACAGAAAAGUAAUCAAGUUACCGACAAACGAUACGAAUGUGUAAUUUGUUCAAAGUCUUUCAAAAUAUCUAGAUCUUUGAAUAUCCAUAUGCUCAGUCACACCGGCGAGAGACCAUUCAAAUGUGACGUUUGUUCAAAAUCGUUCAAAUCUAAAUGGACGUUGGUGUUGCAUACGCGAAUCCACACUGGGGUAAAACCGUUUAAAUGCGAAAUUUGUACUAGAUCUUUCACCCAACAAGGAAAUUUCAAUAAACACGUGCGCGAUCACGCGCAAAAGCCAUUCAAAUGUGAAAUCUGCUUGAGAUUAUUCGCAGAUGAAGAUGGUUUGUUUAAACAUAUAUCGAUUCACGAGGAAAAAAAACCAAACAAGUGCGACAUUUGUUCGAAAAUAUUCGCGUCCAAAGGUAAUUUAGUCCAACACCAGCGUUGUCAUACCGGCGAAAAACCGUUCAAGUGCGAAAUUUGUUCGAAAGGAUUUUCAAACGGAAGUUCUUUAGUGAAACACGUCCGAGUCCACACCGGCGAAAAACCGUUCAAAUGUGACAUUUGCUUGAAAACGUUCAAACGAAGAGACAGUUUAAAUUACCAUUUACGUUGUCACAACAACGAAAAAGAUUUCAAAUGCGAAAUAUGCUGUAAAGCUUUCGCACGUGCGGACACUUUGGUAAAACACAAUCGGAUUCACACCGGCGAAAAACCGUUCAAAUGUGAUAUUUGCGCCAAAACUUUUUUCCAACGAGAUAAUUUAAUUGAUCAUACGCGUAGUCAUACCGGCGAGAAACCGUUUAUAUGUGGAAUAUGUUUUAAAUCGUUCGGAAGGCGAGGUACUUUGAAUAUACACAUACGUACUCAUACGGGCGAAAAACCUUUCAAAUGCGAUAUUUGUUUGAAAACGUUCUCUCACAAAACUAGUAUGCUUCAACAUGUACAUAUCCAUACGUCUGAGAAACCGUUCAAAUGCGAUGUUUGUUCCAAAUCUUAUAGUAUUCGAAGUACUUUUCUUCGGCACGUACGUGGUCAUACAGGAAGAACUCCCUUCAAAUGUGAAAUUUGUUCAAAAUGUUUCACUUGUACGAAUAAGUUCGUUAAACACAUGAAUACUCAUUGUCUUUGAAUUGUAAUAUAGAUUCAUAUAUUGGAAAUUGCUACUUAGUCAAGGGUUUUCCAAGGAGGACUCGACAACUUUUUUUCAAAAUAAAAUGAAAACCUUUUGAGAUAUUUCAAAAACUUUAUUAUCGGGUUGAAGUACAUUCAACCACCUUUAGUUCUCUCAAUAUCUAUUCAGUUGCAAGUUCUUGAUGAUUAUACCAACAUUCGCAUGUAUCGCAAGGUAUAAGUCUUCUCUAACUCUUCUUUUGACUUGGAGACACCUUUUUGCUAUCGAUUUUUCGCCCUGUAUGAUUUGCCCUUUUAGUAUUUAGCUCUCUUUUCAGAAAUUCCAUCCAUACCACUAGAAAAAAUCUUUACGCCACCAACUUCCGGCUUAUCAAUAUUUUUCAUCAAAUCCACAUCUUCCAAGUUCACCUAUUGAUACGGGACACUUUCGAUUGUUUAUCCAAGCAGAAAACCCAGCGUAUCUAGCAAAUAGACUCAAACUUAAAAGGACAAACUAUCCAAACUUAUUUUGUUCCAAAAACUCCGACAUCCCUAUAUGCCAAACAGGCUCUUUCCAAAGGCUUCAAUUACACUAUCCGUACCCAUAGAAACCAUCAUUUGUCAAACAGAGGUCAUCUCUGAACUUCCUUCCAACCAAGCUGAAAUUAUCUGGCAAUCAGCUGCUGGUGAUGUCACUAUAUAGUAAACACCAGAUGCGGGCCGAUUGUCAUUUAAUUUGUUUUGUUUUGACCAUCAGUACAUCAGCGAUUCUAUUUUCUUAUGGUUUAUAGACAAUUGAAAACGAACAGUUUAAACUUAUUAAUACUAGAAGCAACUAUUGUCAGUGUGACCAACGCGCAUCAAAGCUUUAGAAAAAAAAUAAAAUUAAACAAAGUGUAUUGGUUUGUCUCGUUUAUAUAUUUCCAUGAAAAUGUGUUUACACCAAUUCGUUCGGAACUACCGUUUGUUCCAAUCAUUACACUAUUAAAUUAAACUUGUUUAUGGUAAUACUUCAUGUACAUAUAAAAAAGAAGAAGAAUGUUUAUAUGUCAAAAUAUAUGAUAUAUUCCAGUUUCAAUAAUAAAGGAAUAUUUUAUGUUGAAGAGCAUAGCAUUUGUUAAAGCAGAAAUCAGCUUAUGAAAAAAUAGCUCAAAGGUUAGUGAAAUUUAUUUAGGUUUAAAUAUGUAUCACCGAAAUGUAUUCAUCUUUAUAUUACUUGGUUUAGGGUGUCUAAAUAAUUACUUAAAAAUUCUAGUGUUUAACUGCUCGUAAAUUUUAUUUUAAGAAUUAAUUUUAGAUAAAAUACUUUUCACUGAUAUGGUCGGUAUGAUAUAAUUCUUUAAUAACAAGUUUUCCUCCACAAAUUAUUUUACUACCAUGUCUAAUUAUUCCAAUUAGAUAUCUAGAAAUUCAUUUUAUGUACCAAGUAUGAAAUGAUUUAGCUCAAAUAGUAGUGAUAAUUUUCAAUAAGAGAAAACAUUAAUUUCCUACAAAUGCAAUAAUAUUAAUGGUUUAAUUAGAAUUUAUGUUUAUGUCUAAAUAUGUUAUGAAUAUAUAUCAGAUAAGUAGAUAUCAUGACAACUUGAAAAUGAAUGUAUUUAUGUACAUAUACUGUUGUCUGAUAAACAAUGGGAAAAAAUACAAAAAUCUUGAUCUUAGUUUUCGGUAUUAUACAUUAAUAUUUUUGAAUGUAACACUUAUUUCACUUGAAAAUUUUAAUGUUUGAUUGCUACAUUUUAGGUUCUAUACUUUGUAGAAUUUUUUGCUAGAAAUAACUUUGUAAUAUUAAUAAUGGAUAAAUUGUCUUUAUACUGCAAAUUUAAUUAUAUAUUUUAAUAGGGAUUUUCUUAGAUAAUGAAUUUAUUAGUUACUUUGGCAUCAAUUUUUUUUUAUUUAUCUUAUAGUUAGUUGUAACACUUCUAUAGCCAAUAUGAUUCUAUCCCGUAUAAACAGGUAGGCUUUUCAAACACAAUAAGAAUUUUUGAUAAUUGUGUAAUUGACAAAGUUACAGAAAAAACAAUAAGUAAGUUAUACAAUUAAACAACCUAUUUAAAGUCUUUUAAUAAAAAAAUAGUAAACUAAAACAUACUGCAAGUGAUCAUAUUCCUGAAAUAUUUGCUGCAGCUUUGUUUUGUGUGUUUUAUUUGUGGUAUAUUAUAGUGCCACUGAUUUGGACAAAUAACGAUACCGCGCCGCGUUUCGCCCAGGAUGUUUACGUGCUGAUCACGCACUGAUCAUUGCUUUAGUUUACUAUUUUUCUUUGAUAAAUAAAUUUUGGCGUCGAUGAAAAUAAAUUAUCAGUUUUACUA